AUGGUCAACGCUCUGACUCUUCUGGCUCUUGCCAGCCCUGCCUUCGCCGGUGUCAUGCAGGCUCGUGGUGCUGAUUUCAUCCGCCCUUACUCUUCCAGCGUUGGCGAAUGGGACCACGAUGGUCAGGGCCACUCUUCCAGCGUUGGCGAAUGGGACUACGAUGGUCAGGGCCACUCUUCGUGGUCUACCCCGUGCACCACUUCGACUACCACUCACUCGACUACCACUCGCUCGACUAGCACUCGCUCGACUAGCACCACGCCCACCACCACCCCGUCGACUACCACUCGCUCGACUACCACUCGCUCGACUACCACUCGCUCGACUACCACUCGCUCGACUAGCACCACUCCCACCACCACCCCGUCGACUACCACUCGCUCGACCAGCACCAGGACCACUCACACUCCCGUGAACCCUGGUACUACCAAGACUAUCACCAUUGUGACCACGACCUGCCCUGUCACCUCGUCGGUUGUCACUGAGGGAACCACCACCUUCACCAUCCCGAUUACCCAGACCAGCACCAUCACUCUGACCCAGACCACUGUCGAGGAGAAGGCUGUUACCUUCCAAAACUCCACUGUUCCUAUCACCCCGGCUACCACUCCUGCCGUUGUGCCUCCUGCUCAGUCCAGCGUCCCCGCGUCCCAGGCUGCCGCGUCCCAGGCUGCUGCGUCCCAGGCUGCUGCGUCCCAGGCUGCUGCGUCCCAGCCUGCCGCGUCCCAGGCUGCUGCGUCCCAGGCUGCUGCGUCCCAGGCUGCUGCGUCCCAGGCUGCCGCGUCCCAGCCUGCUGCGUCCCAGGCUGCUGCGUCCCAGGCUGCUGCGUCCCAGGCUGCUGCGUCCCAGGCUGCUGCGUCCCAGCCUGCCGAGUCCCAGGCUGCUGCGUCCCAGGCUGCUGCGUCCCAUGCUGCCGAGUCCCAGGCUGCUGCGUCCCAGGCUGCUGCGUCGUCCCAGGCUGCUGCGUCCCAGGCCCCCAAGGCCAGCUCUUCCAGCGUGCCCUUCACUGGUGCUGCCUCCAGCGUCAAGCCCGCUGCUGGCCUCCUGGCUGGUAUCGUCGGUUUGAUGGCUCUUCUGUAA